AUGUGUCCCGCUGGCUUGAGCGGUGGUGUGCUGCCUGCAUCCCGUGAUGGGUGGGCUUUAGGGAUGAUGCGUGGCUGGCCAAGGCGCGGCGGGGGAACAGAGCCGCCAACCCCCUAACCCACAUCGCCCCCAGCAACUGUGCUGCUGAUCCAGCUGCCUGCACUUAGGACCCGGAGGAAGCGCCUGGCGCUGGUGGAGAAGGAUCAUGUGAUUGUGGUGUCCACCCCCACUUCAUCCCCCGCCCCAGGCUUGCCGAGCGCCCAACGAGGAUGGCUCUCAUCCUGCUGCUGGCAGUGGGGCUUCUGCACACGCAGGCUUCCCCCCCAGCACGCUCCUUCCAGCUGGAUUACGAGGAGGACUGCUUCCGCAAGGAUGGUGCCCCUUUCCGCUACAUCUCAGGCAGCAUCCACUACGCCCGUGUCCCGCGCCCUGCCUGGAGGGACCGGCUCCUCAAGAUGUACAUGAGCGGGCUCAACGCUGUGCAGGUCUAUGUCCCCUGGAACUACCACGAGCCGCUGCCGGGGGUUUAUGACUUUGCUGGGGACCGGGAUGUGGAAGCCUUCCUGGAUCUGACAGCCGAGUUGGGGCUUCUGGUGAUCCUGCGGCCGGGGCCCUACAUCUGUGCGGAGUGGGAGAUGGGUGGCCUGCCUGCAUGGCUGCUGUGGAAACCAGACAUCGUCCUGCGCUCCUCUGACCCUGCCUACCUGGCAGCUGUGGACUCCUGGCUCCACGUCCUGCUACCCAAGGUCAAGCCACGGCUGUACCAGAAUGGAGGGAACAUCAUCAGCGUGCAGCCCUGCCGCAUGCACGCUGGGUGCCGGCCCCUGCCCUGCUCCCAGGUGGAGAAUGAAUAUGGAAGCUACUACGCCUGCGACUAUGAGUACCUGCGGCACCUGCUGGGCUCCUUCCGGGCACUGCUGGGGAGCGACGUGCUGCUCUUCACCACCGACAGCACACGGGUGGAGGAGCUGCGUUGCGGCACGCUGCAGGGCCUCUAUGCCACCAUUGACUUUGGGCCAGACUCCAACGUGACGGAGGCGUUUGGUGCCCAGCGCCAGGUUGAGCCGAAGGGGCCCCUGGUGAACUCUGAGUACUACACGGGCUGGCUGGACUACUGGGGGGAGGCGCACGCCAGCACUAGCUCGGCGCAGGUGGCCCGGGGGCUGGAGGACAUGCUGCAGCUGGGAGCCAGCGUUAACAUGUACAUGUUCCACGGGGGGACAAACUUUGCCUACUGGAGCGGUGCUGACUUCAAAGAUCAGUACAAACCAGUGACCACCAGCUACGACUAUGAUGCUCCCCUCUCAGAGGCAGGAGACCCCACCGAGAAGCUGUUUGCCAUCCGCACGGUCAUCAGCAAGUUCCAGCCCCUGCCAGUCGGUCCGAUGCCACCUGCCACCCCCAAGUAUACCUACGGCUGGGUGGCCCUGCAGAAGUAUGCUGAUCUCCUGGAUGUCUUGGAUGUACUGUGCCCCUCUGGGCCCAUCCAGAGCCAGUUCCCCCUCACCUUUGAGGCCAUAAAGCAGACCCAUGGCUUUGUGGUGUACCGCACACAGCUGCCCUGGGAUGUCCCGGACCUGGCCACGCUGGGUGCUCCUCCCCACAGCAUCUGCGACCGCGGCUACGUGAUGCUGCAGAAGGAGUACAGGGGGACGCUGGAGCGGGAUGGGCAGACAACACUGCCUGUGACGGGCAGGGCAGGGGACACCCUGGACGUACUCCUGGAGAACAUGGGCAGGAUCAGCUUCGGGGCCAACGUCAGUGACUUCAAGGGCUUGCUGGGGAACCUCUCCUUGGACUCCAGCCCUCUCAGCAACUGGCUGAUCUACCCCCUGGCCAUAGACAGUGCCAUCCAGCAGGGCUGGCCCCACACUGCCCUGCCGAAAUCGAGCAGCAGUGGCAAAUCAGGGCCAGCCUUCUACACCGGGACCUUUGAGACCCCUGGCAUUGCCUGGGACACCUUCGUGAAGUUCCCAGGUUGGAGCAAGGGCCAGCUGUGGAUAAACGGCUUCAACCUGGGCCGGUACUGGCCCUGCCGUGGCCCUCAGCAGACCCUCUUUGUGCCCGGCUCAGUGCUGCAUGUUGGCCGCCCCAACAACAUCACAGUUCUGGAGCUGGAGGGGGCACCCCCUGUCCCCCUCCUGCUCUUCCUCGACCAACCCCUUUUCAACAAGACCCUCAGCUGCAGCACCGUGGCCGCAGAAUAAACGCAAGGCUGCCAGGCA